GAAAACAACGAAAUACGCAAAAGUUAGAACCAAAAUUAUUUCGAUUGUGCAGCGAAGUAAUUUGCAAAAAUAUCAUCAAAAAAGUGGUGCAAAUUGAUUCGGUUCGCGUUUUGCUGCAUCGUUACGUCGUAACUGUUUGGAGUUUUUACUGCAGAAAGUGAAAAACAUUAAGGUUUUCGCCUCCCCCAACUCCCCCGGAUCGCGGAAGGAAAAAAAAGUUCCGGAAGGAAAACGAAGAACCUCUUCCACGUUCCUGUUUGGCAAAGCAAAACACGGCAAGAAGGGCAAUCAAUCGGAACGAGCCGUAGCAUGGGUUAAAGAAGAUUCUCGCGUAUUCAAACCGCCACGACACAAUUACAUCAUAAAAGCAAUCCCAAAAGAACAGCACAAAUCCGGAACGCCCGUAAACCUCGCCACUCCUCAAAUGUUCCUGCGCCAAGCAUGUUCGCAAUAAUGGACAGCAACGAGAACGAGAAUUAUUGCUACCAACAGCAGCCGGCGGCGGCGGCGGCAGGACCGCAGAAGCAGGUUGCCGGCGCCGGUGCCAUUCCGAAGGUGGUGACCGACAAGAGCAGCCAGAACCAGUUCAACAACAACAACAAUGUGGCCGAGCAGGAGAAUCUGAUGCCGCAGGUGAACGGGGCUCGGCGGCCGGACUGCGAUAGCGAACGGCGGAUUGUGGCCGGGGCUGGAAGUGCGGAUAAUCCCGAAAGCCACCCCUCAACCGAUCCAGAACCCCCGCAAUCGGAACAACAGGACGAUCGCUGUCACCAUAACGGAAAGUCGGAAUCUUCCACGAACCAAACAGCGGAGCCACUACGCUCAGAAGUCGACGACGAAGACGAGGAAGCAGCAGCUGUGGCCGCCGCCGCCGAGCUGGACUCGGACGGUGAUUGUUCGGACAACAACUCGCUCGGGAAUCUGUCGUACAUCAGCGACAAUGGAUUAAUUGAGGAAAUCAUUCUGCUACCGAACAACAUUUACUCCGAUGAUGAAAACGGUUCGGACGAUUGUGUGUACGCGUACCGAGGUGACCUGCAGGCGCCGGCUCUGCUAGAGUUCCGCGAUCAACCGGCGGACGACGAAACGGACUUCCUCGAGAUGGACUUUGAUCCGGAGCCGAGUUCGGAGCUGGAGAAUCUGCUGGAACACCAGGAGAUUAGUAUCGACCCGUUCCAGCACGCACGUGCUAUCGAGCGAUCUCCGGAGGGUGGAGAAUCGGAACCACUUAUCCGACGACACGACGAUGAACCAGAUGGCGGAGAGGGAAGUGCUGCCGCAGUUGCCGCUGCUCCGGUGGAAACCAAAAAUAUGGGUGCGAUCCCGAAGAGGCUUCCCGCGUACUUGCUACAACCCACGGACGAUCAACAGCCGGGCCCGAGUCGGGCACCGACAACCAAGUCCAACUCGCGCAAUCUAAGACUCGAUCUCAAACUGUGCACCGACGAGGGUCAACAUUCGAGCUAUUACUACAACUAUCCCUACUACAACCCGCGGGACUUUGCGCGGAACACCGGCGAAGAUGACGACGACGGUGACGACGAGGACGAGGACAACAGUUGCCUCGACUGCACGGAGAAACAGUUUCUGAUGCAAACGAAGCAGGAUCUGAGCGUGCAGAAGGUGUGCCAUCGGUGUCACUCGCGGAACGCCAGCCACGGUGGGGACUACUUCCACGACCAGGGACCGUCGCUGAACUCGAGCAACUCGGAAACGGACCUGAUGAGCAUCCGGGCAGAGCAGAUUGUGCUGCAAGCGUUGAACAAGAUCAACGAGCUGAAGGCCACACCGCCCAGUUUGGGGUUUUCGAGGAGUGCGGAGAAUGUCGGGUGCGUUGAGGCGGGCACGAGGGAUCAGGAAGUGCCGGAGGACUUUGGACCGGAGACUUGCUCGGAGAAUACCGUUACUAUUUACACCCUAAACUGCGGGGAGCUGACAAUAAUCGAGGCGCUGACUCGAAUCGGCGUUGCUCCGAACCUGGACGUCAUCCGGCAGUACUUCACCGAACAGUACGCGGUCGACACGAGCAAGAUGAACAUCCCGCAGUAUUUGCUGUACAUGUCCAAGAGGGACUGCAACUUCCGGAAGCUCAUCGACACGAUCAAUUCUUGCUGCGAAGAAACGCUGGACGUGCAGUAUUAUCCGUUGGAUCCCUUUUCGGAUACCCCGGAAGUGGUGCAAAUCAACUCGGCGGAGAUCGCAAAGCGAUGGAAUGCCAACACCAACUUGAGACAAAUUAUCAGUUUCAAGCACAAGCACUUCCACACAUUAAAUGUGCUUGGAAAAAUUGUAAACAUCCUGCGACAGCCAUCGCGUGGACGGAACACAAACCAGACGAUUAACAUCCCGCAGUACUACAAAAGUGGCUCCAUCACGAUCACCAGGAUAGUCUGAGAGAGCGCCGCCGCAAACGACACCAACACUUUCUCUAUCUAAUACCUACCUUUCUUACUCUCUCUCUUAACCCGUAACUCUUUUGCUUCAAGUUAAUUUUAAGAACGUUUCGCGGAACAAGCGCGGAGCGUGUUACAAAGGAUUCUCAAUUAGUUAGAAAUCGGGUACAGGCGGCGCGCCAUAUAUCAAUCGUGAACUGGCACAAAUUUCGUAUGGUAUUACUCUCAAGUUACUUCCCCCGUCGUAAUGGCUACUAUCUAUUAACAUAAUCUGUACGAUCCGUUUUGUACAUUUUGCCCAUGUAUUUUGUAAAAUAUGUUGAACAUUGGUGUAAAUAUAG